CUGAUCUCACUGUCUGAUAUGAUGAACCUCCACCAGUCCCCACUCCCUUUACCCUUUCAAGUGCCGAAGAGAGCGCGUGAGGCUGUGCUUAACUCCUUCGAAGCAAAUGGUCUGAUAUUGUAUGAAUUUCUCGACGCUUGCCUUAGCGAUGAUCUGCGUCACAACCCCACAAAUCUCCAUAAAAUCAAGGGGCCUCUCCCUACGCUUGUUGGUCUCAUUAUUGAAAGGGAAAGCCUCCAAAAGUUGCUCCUUUACACUCGCCAACAACUCACGAAUGAGCUCGAUUGCCUAACAGACAUAGCCUCUGGCUUCCAUUUCUCAGCUUCAUCAAUGACACACAAGGAAGUUAAAUUUCCGUCUGUUCAGCGGACAGCGAAGAAAUUCUCCCAUAAAGCUCCUACUUUGUGGCAUUUUAUUGGCUGUCUCCUUUCGGCGACAUUUACCCCUGGGGAAAUUGUUGAACUGGAUAAAUGGGAGGACAUUGACGAUUUGGAAAACGAAAAUAAUGACGAUGAUGAUUGCUGGUUAGAUUCUAGUGGCCUCCCACCUUCGUCUCAAAGGAGCCGAUCCCGUAGUGAGAAGCGGCAGGUAAGGAUUCCAGUCUUAUCUUACACCAAGUGCACUGAGUCCAGUUGCUUGCUGAGAGCCAAGGACAGUAAGUGGUGUUAUG